GUGAUUGGAUCAGAGAGCCGUACGAUAUAAGGUGCCUGCGUUGUCCUACCGGACCAUUUGAUCCUUAAACCGUGCGUUUUUCUUCACCCCCUCCCCCACCCCCGAGUGAACGGGCUCGAGUUUUUUGGCGAAACAGAAAUUCAACAUGGCACCGAACGAAACAAUGUCCGAGAAAGUGCUCAGCCAGGCGAAAUUGGUGGACGAACCCGGGAAGGACAUAUGCGAGGCAGUGGACAUAAAAAAGCUGAGCGACGCGGAGGAGAGCCAGAGGAUCAGCGACGAGUAUUACGCAUCGAUAAACAAGCCCUUUCUCCAGAGGACCGACGUCAAAUGGUUCAACUUGACGUUCAUGGUUGUCCUGCACGCCGUGGCGAUCUACGGGUUCCUCACGUUUCCCUAUCUGGAAAAGAAGCGGACGUUCGCCUGGGGUUGGUUUUUGGCAGUGAUCGCCAACUUUGGAGUUGCUGGAGGCGUCCAUAGAUUGUGGUCUCACCGCGCGUACAAAGCCAAGCUCCCCCUCAGGGUCAUUCUCAUGCUAUGCUACCUGACUUCUGGACAGUAUUCGGCCAUGACGUGGAUCAAAGAUCACCGCGUACAUCACAAAUUUUCGGAGACUGACGCUGAUCCGGUCAACUCGGUGCGAGGAUUUUGGUUCAGUCACUUGGGCUGGUUAACCCUCAAAAGGCACCCGGAAGUGCUCAGAAAGGGACGACAGAUCGAUUUCAGCGACUGCCUCUCGGACCCUGUCAUAAAGUUCGAAGAAAAAUACUUCUUCAUCUUACGACCGGUAUUUGCUUUCCUUAUACCCAUUUUGGUGCCAGUCUACUUUUGGAACGAGACUUGGUACUGGGCAAUUUUGUCGCAAGCUUUCAUGCGCUACGCAUAUUCAUUGAACUGCACAUGGAGUAUCAACAGUUUUGCUCACAUGUUUGGAGGUCGCCCGUACGAUAAGGCUAUCGCACCUGCGGAAAAUAUUCUCAUGUCUCUAAUUACUGGAGGUGAAGGCUGGCACAACUACCAUCACAUCUUCCCGUGGGAUUAUAAAACGGCUGAGCUUGGAAACUACAUAACUGGAAUAAAUCUUACUUUGUACUUGAUAGAUUUGUUUGCAAAAAUUGGCUGGGCCUAUGAUCGUAAAGUGCCAUCGGAAGAACUGGUCAGAAAUGUUAUUAAAAACCGAGGCGAUGGUACUCAUCCCAUUCAAAAAUCUCUGCAUUCUGAUAAGAAAAAGUGAAAAAAAUCUUUCUUAAGCCAGUAUCGAUCAACUUUUUGUUAUUUCAUUGCAUAAAAAUAACACUAUUUUUAUCAUGGGCCAAGGAAAUAGUUUUUUUUUGUUUUUUCAAGUGAUGUGCAAUCCUUUCUACUGCUUAUAAUUUUGAAUUCAAAGGUUUUACUGGUUGUGAAAAAUGGCGUAAUUCAACCCAAUGGAUAAAUAAUAAGUUUUAAGUAUAUGUACAAAACGUUUGUGAUACAAGUUUUUUUGACUGAAAGUCAAGUUGUCAAUAUUUUCAUGAAUUUUUCAAAUACAGAUAACGAUUACUUUUUUAAUCCUGCAAAAACGUGUUUGUAUACAACCAUGCAUUUAUAAUUAAAAUUGUACUCGAUAUAUAUGAGCAUUAGCACAUUUUGUAAUAUAAAUAAAAUUAAAAAGAUUCAUACUGUGAAA